AACCUGAACCAGAACCCGCGCACGCUGCUGCCCAAGUUCUACGGGCUGUACUGCGUGCAGGCGGGCGGCAAGAACAUCCGCAUCGUGGUGAUGAACAACCUGCUGCCGCGCUCCGUGCGCAUGCACCUCAAGUACGACCUCAAGGGCUCCACCUACAAGCGCCGCGCGUCGCCCAAGGAGCGCGACAAGGCCUUCCCCACCUUCAAGGACCUGGACUUCCUGCAGGACCUGCCCGACGGGCUCUUCCUGGACGCCGACAUGUACAGCGCGCUGUGCCGGACGCUGCAGCGCGACUGCCUGGUGCUGCAGAGUUUCAAGAUCAUGGAUUACAGCCUGCUGGUGGCCGUGCACAGCCUGGACCAGGCUCAGCGCGAGCGCGCGGCCGCCGGAGCCCCCCGGGACGGGGACGGGGAGCGGGACCCCCGCGGGCGGCCGGCGGCGCAGAGAGCGCUCUAUUCCACGGCCAUGGAGUCCAUCCAGGGCGAGGCGCGGCGGGGCGGCACCAUGGAGACUGACGAUCAGAUGGGCGGAAUUCCCGCCCGGAAUUCCCGGGGGGAGCGGCUGCUGCUCUACAUCGGCAUCAUCGACGUUCUGCAGUCCUACAGGUUCGUGAAGAAGCUCGAGCACUCCUGGAAGGCCCUGGUGCACGACGGGGACACGGUGUCCGUGCACCGGCCCAGCUUCUACGCCGAGCGCUUCCAACGCUUCAUGUGCCACACGGUGUUCCACAGGAUCCCAC